AUGGAGCAGUCCGGGGCGCCGGGCCGCUUCCUGUUUUCCUCCGAGAGCGUCAGCGAGGGCCACCCUGACAAGCUCUGCGACGCCGUGAGCGAUGCGGUGCUGGACGCCUGCCUCAUGCAGGACCCCGCCAGCAAGGUGGCGUGCGAGGCGGCAGUCAAGGACAACUUCCUGAUGGUGUUCGGAGAGGUGACCACUCACGCCAAGGUUGACUACGAGGCGGUCGCGCGGCAGGCGGUGCGGGAUGCGGGUUACACCAGUGACGCCUUGGGGUUCAACGCCGAAACUGCAGAGGUCAAGGUGCUAAUAGACCAGCAGAGCCCUGAAAUUGCGCAGAGCGUGCAUGGCAUGGGGUCGCGGCGGCUGGAGGAGCUGGGGGCGGGGGACCAGGGCAUCAUGUUUGGCUACGCCACCGAUGAGACGCCAGAGCUCAUGCCCCUCACACACUGCCUCGCGUCCAGGCUGGCUCAGCGGCUGGCAGAGGUCACCGUGGAGUACCAGCGCGAGGGUGGCGCCGUCGUGCCCAUCCACCUGCACACCCUCCUCAUCUCUGCGCACCACGCGCCGGGCGUGGCACAAGAUCACCUGAGGGAUGAGCUCAUGCGGCAUGUGGUCGAUCCCGUGGUUCCGAAGCACCUGGUGCACGGCAACGGCCGCCACGGCGAGACGCGUUUCCUGCUGAACCCGAGCGGCAGCUUCACGGUCGGCGGCCCCGCGGCGGACGCCGGGCUGACGGGGCGCAAGAUCAUCGUUGACACCUACGGCGGCUGGGGCGCCCACGGCGGUGGCGCGUUCAGUGGCAAGGACCCCACCAAGGUCGACCGCAGCGCAGCCUACGCCGCGCGGCAGGCGGCCAAGAGCGUCGUCGCCUCCGGCCUCGCACGCCGCUGCCUGCUGCAGCUGGCCUACUCCAUCGGCGUCGCGGAGCCGCUGUCGGUGCAUGUGGACACGUACGGCACGGGGGCGGCCUCGGACGAGCAGAUCGCGGCGGCCGUCAUGCGAGGCUUCAACUUCCGGCCGGGGUUCAUCAUCCGUGAUCUGGAUCUCCAGCGAGUGGAGAGCGGCAGCAAGCGCUACCAGGACACGGCCGCCUACGGCCACUUUGGCCGCCCAAAUAAUGGCGUGUUUACUUGGGAAGCUCCCAAGCAGCUGAGCCUGUAG